AUGCUUGUUAAAUACCCCGUUCACUUUGUCGCCGCUUCUAGAGAUCAAGAUAGAACAAAACCUGAUUUCGAAGUUACAAUAGAUGUGGAUUCUGAUCAAAAACUUGAAAAGGCCUUUGAUGCUGUCGUGAAGAAACUUCAUCCAGAAGAUUCAGAGAAGCACAAGUACACCUUCCUUCUUGAAUCACCUGAUUGUCCUCCCAUCGUCAUCAAUGGCAAAUCUAAACCUUCCGAUUUCCCAAACUUCUCAAGAGAAUGGAAAAUCAUUGUCAUCUCCGGAAAAUCCAAAUCCGCUUAA